AGGCGUCAACAUCUAAACGAGUUCUUGUUAUUUCGACAGGUGGUUGCUGACAUUUCCUACUAGCAACACAAAUGUCAUCUCUCUGUCUAUACAAACGAUUGUCACUUCGUCUCUGACACUAGCAAACCAACCCACAGUUUGGUUAAUUGGUUAAAUGUGAAUGAAUGGAAUGGAUGAAAGGAAUGAAACUUAGAUAGAUGUCAGGGACACACUCAAUGCGGACUGUACACACUAGCAAACAGUAGGUCCCACAUGUGUUCUUUCUCACAACAAAUCACAAAGAUCUGUCCAUGGGUUUCACAUUUUCUACUGUCGGGAGUUGAGAUUAUCUUUCAAGGGAGGGAAAAAAAGCUAUUCUAAGAACAUACCAGUAACAGAUAUUAAAUAACAAUUCCAACAUAACACAUCAUUUACAUAAGUUACUCUCAUCCAUAAAGUCACAAGACUUUUACAUAUAAAAGAUAAUUCCCCUAACACAUAAAUUCAGACUUCCAAGUUCUACAGUCUCUUAAGUGUGGAACCACAACUGGUAACAGCAACGACCCAGACCGCUGUUCACAUGCAAAGAAAAUCACAACAGAUCACACUUGUGUUGAAGUGACAUCAGCAUCCGACCUAUAACACUGUCACACACACAUAUACACACCCUUGUGUGUACCACCAGUGCUAUCCACUCGACGCCCCACGACAGUUGUUGCUGGACUGUAGCCUGAUGAGGAUGGUUACAACUGUUACAGUCCGUGACCGCUGGUGUUGACCAUGCUGAAACUUCAGGUUGACGAGGGCGAUGUUACAACUUCUGUGAUCCUAUGUUUCCGUCUUACUUUGCCUCCAAAUGAUUGCUGAAAUCCAUGACAAUCUAUGCUUCUUUAACCAGCCAGGGGCGAUAACUCAUGUCCCUGACACUAGAACUUUCGGGAAAGGCUCCAGCAUGGCGUCUGUAAGAGCCGGAAGAAAGUUGGUAACACAACAAGAGCAUCCUACUCAACUUAUGACAAUUAAUGAGCCUGCGACAUUUGCAGUGUGAAUCGUUGAACAGCUGUUGACGGUUGGAUGAGGGAGAAGCUAACACAAUGUUCAAGGCAGCUGCUUGUCUCCUGCUACACCUAGUCCUGUGGUUUCAGGAAUGAACCGCCUGUCGUCAUCGCAUGAACACAAGUACAGAGCUGCAUCCUGUUGGCAAGCAACAUUAGGAAGGUCGCCGAAGACAAGCGAACUGCAGCUGAAAUGAAAAUGGGAAGUAAACUGAUGAUCGCGGCUAUGAUUCUCGUAAUUAACGAGUUUCUCACGAAUCAACAAAUACUACAAGGAAAUGGUAUCGAGGUGAGACUAGUCAACGGCAGUGUGGCAUGGGAGGGGCGUGUGGAGGUUCGAAACAGGUCUGUCAGUGACACCUGGGGCACCGUGUGUCAUGACCUUUGGGGUGAUCAAGAUGCUGCUGUUGUGUGUCGACAGUUGGGUUUCGGAAAUAAAGGAACCGCAAAAUCAUCAGCUUUUUUCGGAGCGGGGUCUGGUUUAAUAAGUCUGGACAAUGUCCAGUGCAGUGGAGGUGAGGAGACUCUGGGAGAGUGCCCAAAGCUUGACUGGAACCAACACAACUGUAAACAUACAGAAGAUGCAGGUGUAGUUUGCCAGCCAGGUUGCGAUCUUGGAACAUUCAAAAAUGCUACAUCACGAGACUGCAUACCCUGUGCAGUUGGAACGUACCAAAACCAGACAAACUCGACGACCUGCGACUUGUGCUCACCUGGUCACUAUCAAGAUAAGAGUGGACAAGCUUCUUGUGUUGCAUGCUCCACAGGUCACUAUCAAAUCAUGACUGGACAAGCUUCUUGUGUUGCCUGCCCACCUGGUCACUAUCAAAACAUGACUGGACAAACUUCUUGUGUUGCCUGUUCACCAGGUCACUAUCAAGAUAAGAGCGGACAAACGUCUUGUGUUGCCUGCUCACCUGGUCAAUAUCAAGCUAAAAGAGAGCAAGCUUUAUGUGUUGCAUGCUCACCUGGACACUAUCAAAACAAGACUGGACAAACGUCUUGUGUUGCCUGCUCACCUGGUCAAUAUCAAGCUAAAAGAGAGCAAGCUUUAUGUGUUGCAUGCUCACCUGGACACUAUCAAAACAAGACUGGACAAACGUCUUGUGUUGCCUGUCCACUAGGUCACUAUCAAAAGAUAUCUGGACAAACCUCUAGUGUUGCCUGCUCACCUGGUCACUAUCAAAACAUGACUGGACAAACUUCUUGUGUUGCCUGCCCACCUGGUCACUAUCAAAACAUGACUGGACAAACUUCUUGUGUUGCCUGUUCACCAGGUCACUAUCAAGAUAAGAGCGGACAAACGUCUUGUGUUGCCUGCUCACCUGGUCAAUAUCAAGCUAAAAGAGAGCAAGCUUUAUGUGUUGCAUGCUCACCUGGUCACUAUCAAAACAAGACUGGACAAACGUCUUGUGUUGCCUGUCCACUAGGUCACUAUCAAAAGAUAUCUGGACAAACCUCUAGUGUUGCCUGCUCACCUGGUCACUAUCAAAACAUGACUGGACAAACUUCUUGUGUUGCCUGUCCACUAGGUCACUAUCAAAAGAUAUCUGGGCAAACCUCUAGUGUUGCCUGCUCACCUGGUCACUAUCAAGAUAAAAGUGGACAAACCUCUUGUGUUGCCUGCUCACCAGGUCACUAUCAAAUCAUGACUGGACAAGCUUCUUGUGUUGCCUGCUCACCAGGUCAAUAUCAAGAUAAAAGUGGACAAACUUCUUGUGUUGCAUGCCGACCUGGUCACUACCAAAACAUGACUGGACAAACUUCUUGUGUUGCCUGUCCACUAGGUCACUAUCAAAAGAUAUCUGGACAAAUGUUUUGUGUUGCCUGUUCACCAGGUCACUAUCAAGAUAAAAGUGGACAAACCUCUUGUGUUGCCUGCUCACCAGGUUAUUAUCAAGUUAAGAGUGGACACGCUUCGUGUGAAACAUGCUCGACAGGUCAAUACCAAGAUAAAAGUGGACAAGCUUCUUGUGUUGCCUGCUCACCAGGUUACUUUCAAGAUAAGAGUGGACAAACGUCUUGUGUUGCAUGCUCACCAGGUUACUAUCAAGAUAAAAGAGAGCAAGCUUUAUGUGUUGCAUGCUCACCUCGUCACUAUCAAAACAUGACUGGACAAACUUCUUGUGUUGCAUGCUCACCUGGUCACUACCAAAACAUGACUGGACAAACUUCUUGUGUUGCAUGCUCACCUGGUCACUAUCAAAAGAUAUCUGGACAAACGUUUUGUGUUGCCUGUUCACCAGGUCACUAUCAAGAUAAGAGUGGACAAACCUCUUGUGUUGCCUGCUCACCUGGUCAAUACCAAGAUAAAAGUGGACAAUCCUCUUGUGUUGCCUGCCCACCAGGUUACUAUCAAGAUAAAAGUGGACAAGCUGCCUGCGAUACCUGCUCACCUGGACACUAUCAAAGCAUGUACAAACAAACUUUAUGUCUUGUGUGCCCAGUGGGUCAUCAUCAAAAUACGACAGGCCAACUGUCAUGCCAUCCUUGUCCUCGGGGACAGGAGCAGCAGCUUAGCGGUCAAAGUACCUGUAACAAAUGCACUCCCGGCACUCACCAGGAAAAUACUGGUCAGUCUAAAUGCAAGCUCUGUGCUCCUGGCUUUUAUCAAAGUAUUCAUGAGCAAGUCACGUGCUCUCCUUGUCCUGCUGGACAGCACCAGGAGCAAGAAGGACAAAAGAGUUGUAAAGCCUGUCCGGUUGGUCACUUCCAACGUCUGACUGGUCAGCCGUCCUGUGUGAAGUGUCCUGAGGGAUCCAGUACCUCAAGUCUGGGGUCUGACCAUCCUGACAACUGCACAGAAUCGCCGCAUCCCACCUCUACAGUGACCGUUAAGAUGUCCUACAGACUGGUGGUCUACUGUACUGAAGAAGGCGCUCUGAAGGUUAAAUCAGCCAUUUUUACCCGAGUGUAUCAACUGGAGGACUAUAUCACCGGAGUGUGUGCGGACCCUCUUUGUUCCAAUGCUUUGGUGAAGACCUGGUGCCAGAGCUACACCUCCUACAUCGUCCACAGCGAGAUCCGCUUUGAGAACCUGGCACAGGUGACGACACUGUCCAACGGAACAGAAGGCACAACUGAGGAACUUCUGGUUCAUACGGUGAAAGAAAUUACUAUAUUCCACAAUCUGGAAGGGGAGGCUACUUUACAGCGGGACAGCGUGAGCACCACAGUUACCCCCUCGUGUCCGCCCACCUUCCGGCUCUCGGAAACCGUUUGUGUUUAUGUGGAGGAUAACUUGACAGAUGUGAUCGGCAUAGCUGUCGGCUGCUGUGUCGCUCUUGUUGCUGUCAUUUUUCUCAUCAUCAUCCUCGUCAAGCUAAACAAAAGGAACAACAUUUCUGCCAGAAACGCGGAAGUCUUCUCCAAACCUAUGACCACGAUCUACAGCACAGUAGAUGACGGCUAUGUUUUCUUUGGGGAUGUUGGGACUAAUAAAUCAGAUGGAGCUUACGACACUAUUCCUGCAUCUGGGAGAUUUCAGGAAGGGAUUUACUGUACCCUUGGAACCGAGGAAACCACAGACAUCGAGGUCAGACUCGUCAAUGGCCAGUCACGAUUGGAGGGUCGGGUGGAAGUACGCAGGUCUGCACGUGACAGCUGGGGUACCGUGUGUGACGACGGCUGGGAUGACGACGAUGCGGCUGUUGUGUGUCGGCAGCUGAAGCUCGGAAACUCGGGGCAGGCAAAGAGUGAUGCUUUCUUCGGACCGGGGUCUGAUGCUGACCCCAUAUACCUUUACGAAGUGAGCUGCAAGGGACUUGAGCAAUCUCUACAGGAGUGCGAGAUGCAUCCCUGGGGAUAUCAUCAAUGUGACCACCAGGAAGAUGCUGGUGUUAUUUGUCAACCUGAUUCUUACCAGCCAUCCAGCGGUCAAGGCUCCUCCACACCCUUCCUACCUAGUCAGUAUGAAAACACGACAAGCCAGAGGUCAGAAACUUCCUUUCCUUCUGGUCAGUAUGAAAACACAACUAAAAUGACCAUAAUCACUCCCUGUCCUCCUGGUCACUAUGGAAACUCGACCGGUCAGACACCGUGCACUCCUUGUCCUCCUGGUUACUAUGGAAGCACAAUCGGCCAGACCUCGUGUACUCCAUGCCCUUCUGGUCAUUACCAAGCAUUGACAGGCCAGUCGUCUUGUGAAUCUUGUCCCAUUGGUCAUUUUCAAAAUACUUCCGGUCAGUCGUCCUGCCAUUCCUGCAUUUUAGGUCAUUUUCAGAGUGAACGGGGUCAACUGUCAUGUCAGCCUUGUCCUCCUGGACAUGUACAAGAACUAAAUGGCCAGAAUGCCUGUAGAAUGUGCACCCCUGGUCACUAUCAAGAAAGUGCUGGUCAUUCAAGCUGUUUACAAUGUCCACCAGGUCACUAUCAAGAAAGUGCUGGUCAGUCAAGCUGUUUACAAUGUCCACCAGGUCACUAUCAAGAAAAUGCUGGUCAGCCAAGCUGUUUACAAUGCCCGCCAGGUCACUAUCAAAACACAUCAGGACAGAAGAUGUGUGCACUUUGUCCCCCAGGGCAUUACGCUAAUAGGACAGGACAGAGCUCCUGCUUUUCUUGUCCUUCGGGUCAGUUUCAAAGUCUGCCCGGCGAGGUCUCUUGUCUUCAAUGUCCCAUAAAUCAGUUCCAGAAUCGCUCUGGUCAGCUCUCUUGCAAUACCUGCCCUGAUGGCUGGUUUCAACAUCUCACUGGACAGUCCGAGUGCCUCGCUUGUUCUGCUGGACAUUAUUUGCAACAAGAGAUACAAACACGCUUGUGUUUUCCAUGUUUACCUGGAUUUUAUCAAAAUUUGUCUGGCAGAACUUCCUGCAUUCCAUGUCCUGCUGGACACCAUCAACCCCGACCAAGUCAAGCUUUUUGUGAAUCCUGUACUGCUGGUCAUUUUCAAAACAGGACAGGCCAGUCUUCGUGUGAACUCUGUCCUGCUGGGCAUUUUCAAAACAAAACAGGCCAGUCCUCCUGUGACACUUGUUCUUCUGGAUCUUUUCAGAGCAGACUGGGACAACCGUCGUGUCUGCCAUGUGACGUAGGCCAGGAGCAGCCUAUGUACGGUCAGACUUCUUGUAACCUUUGUGCCCCUGGCCACUAUCAGGAAACCUCUGGCCAGCCUGUCUGCAUGUCGUGUCCAGUAGGCCAUAUACAAAACAUGUCGGGACAACAAAGUUGCAGUCCAUGUCCCCAUGGACAGUACGUUAAUAUAACAGGACAAACAACCUGCUUAUUGUGUCCGACUGGUCAGUUUCAAAGACUGUUUGGUCAGGCUUCAUGUUCGCAUUGUCCAUCCGGAUAUUAUCAGGAAGAAGUGGGUCAAACUUCCUGUUCUCCUUGUCCAGUCGGUUAUCAUCAAAAUGCAUCAGGGCAAAACUUUUGUGCUCCUUGCGCUGGUGGUCAGUUCCAAAACAUAUCCGGCCAGCCCUUAUGCACACUUUGCCCAAAAGGUUGGUUUCAAAAUCUGACCGGACAGUCCGAGUGUUUUCCGUGUCCUGCUGGACAGUAUCAGCAACAAGAGGGACAUGGCGCAUGUGGAUCCUGUCCUGCUGGCCACUACCAACCCUUCGCUGGUCAGUCGUCCUGUGUGAAAUGUCCAGACGGAACAAGUACAUCAAGACUGGGCGCUGACCAUCCUGACAACUGUACAGUGAAUCCAGAACCAUCCUCUACAGUGACUGUGACAAUGUCAUACACUUUGGCAGUUGUGUGCACUGAUGAGCAGGCACAGACUGUCAGUACGGCUCUGUACACACGUGUCCAGCGUCUGGACUCUCAGGCCGAGGGUCUGUGUGUGGACUUGGCUUGUUCCAACGCUUUUGCCUCAGCGUGGUGUGAGAGCUACACCGUCUACGUCGUCAACAGUGAGAUACGCUUCGAGAACCUGCCAGUGGAGACGCUCCUGCCCAAUGCAACCGAAGUCUCACCUGAGCAGCAGCUACUUCAGGCGGUUAUCAGCAGCAACAUCUUUGACGAGCUGGUACCUGGGGCUGUCUUACUGAGGGAAAGUGUGGCUGUCAGAGAGAAAAAGUCAUGUCCUCCAGGCUUUCAGCUCUCAGGAGCCAGUUGUGCUCACGUGGAGGACGACUUGGCUCACAUGAUUGGCGUCGUUUUUGGCUGCAUCAUCGCUGCUUUUUUUGUUGUUAUCCUCUCUUUCAUACUGUUUAAGAUGAGAAGACGACGCCUUUCUGUUCCGAAAGAAGAAUUUGAUGUGACAGGAUAUGACGCACUAGCAGUGAAAGACAAAGGUCACUGGUAUGCCAGGUUCAGGUCACCAGCAGAAAAACUAGAGGAAAACUAUGACAUCAUUCCAGAAGAUUCCUUGUGAACAGCUCCUAGGGAAAUGAGCAAGACCCAAUUUUUACUCAAAGACCCAAUUUUUAUUCAAAAAAGUGUCGGCUGGUAUGACAAAAUAAGUUCAGGAAAGACGACACCUUGCCGCCAUCUUUGUCUCGGUAAACACACCUGACGUGGCGCACGAAGUUACAACUCAUUUCAUUGGCCAACUGAUCCUGUCACUUCUGAAUCUUUUUCUUCAACUCUAGAGUUUUUCAAGUAAUCAUGAACUAUCUAAAACUCAAAAAAUAUUGCGACAAAUGUCUCCCACGAUAUUGUUUUUACACAUUUCUCUGGAUUAUUACAAAUAAGAUAGAGUGACAGAAUAGAGAGUAUAUCAAAGUACCUGUAAAUGUACAGUAUUUAUGAACUGUAGCGUUACACUAACAUGUGUGUGUGUGUGUGCAUCCUUCCACUUUUCUUCCUUCACAAAACACGUAACAGUAUAUGUUUACAUUCUGUUAUUCGAAUUUCAUGUGAAAUGUAUCCAAGCUAACUAAACAUCAACCUUUAAAUGGCUUGCUGUGUAUUGUAGGUUAUUUUGUUUGUUUGUGUGUUAGGAACAGGUGGUUAGGAAUAGGUAGGCAGGCAUUAUCGCCCUUACCUGUGCGUGAGCGAGGUUGCUGCGUCAUAGUCUGACGUCAUAAUCUGACGUCAUAAUUUGACGUCAUAAUCUGACGUCAUAAUUUGACGCAAUUUUAGAUUUUAUUUCACGUUUGGAGAGAAAAGAAAAAGGAAGGAAGCAGACGACAGUGACCUCACGCUCUAGCUAAGAAAACGGGGAGUCAGGUUUCGCAACGAAACCGCCGAGACGGAUGGUCUUGAUGGACGUGUGGUUACAGGACCGGGAAUAAUUGAAGUUGCUUGCCUAGUCAAGAAACUUCUGAGGGACCCACUAAGGUGAACGAAGUGUGCAAGGGAAGUCCCUAACGACGGCAAGGCCUAGACGAAGGGCCAAGGGGCGUAAAGAGUGAGUCCUCCACUUGCGUCGUGUGUCGGGCGUCCAGGGCGGAGUUCAGUCCGUCGACGUUCUGAAGUGUUGUUCGACGACCCCAGCGUUCGGAAUAGCAGUUUGGAGUGUGUGCGUGCCAGCUACGGAAAUCCUGGUGGAAUUUGUAUCUUAGUGUGUUUAGAAAGUGUGUAAGUGAACCUGUACCCUCGUCGUGGAUUGAGUGGGAGCGCUCCUGACGCAGAGAUUACGUCUGACUUUCUCCGUGCGUCUCAGUGACACUGUGGACAGUAACAGUAAGUGUUUUCAAACUUUCUACAAAUUAUCAGGGAGGCCAUUUGUAUUCUGGACCGAGUUCCAGAGCUGCGCUCCUUUUCUUGGUGCAAGACUGGUUGAGUUAGAAAUGUAGUGUGUGAUGAUAUUGAUGAGUGACAAGGAUGAUGAAUAUCCUGUCUAUUUGAGUAUUUGAAUUAGCUUUGAGAAAAGUUAGUGUAGCUUCAUUCUAGAUAUUAAUCUUUAUUUUGCUUUUUGUGUGUAUACUGUUGCCAUUUAUCCACCGAGAGAGAGGAUAAGUAAGAGCCCAAGGAAAAGAAACCUUACGGUAAAAACGACAGCGGGCUAUUUUAGUAAAGAAAGACGAGAAGCCCA